AUGUCCAUGAUGGAAACUCACUCGAAAAGAAGAGUGGAACUUCAGCUGAACUUGACGACCCCUUCCCACCUCACCAUCCUCAUAAUGGCGUUCAGGUUUCGCAACCAGCCCUGGAAAUCCCUCUACAUCCUCUACUUCGGGCUAACGACCCUUGUCCUACGACUUCCUGUAUGGGUCUUGCUCUCGUUGUAUAAGUCAACCAGGACGUGGAGCGUUCGGCGAACUAUAUACUUCAAGGUCAUUAGGGAAUACAUUGGUCGCUUUUUCGUCACCGGAUUCCCUUCGCCUCCUGUCUCCCAUUGCGGUUAUACCUGCUCUCAAAUAGAGGCAUGCCCACAACUUGUUGUUGGAGAGAUCAAGGAGAUAGCUAGAGUCAAUGGCGUCCAAUCCGAAACCACCACGGGGUUUUGGUAUACCCAAAACAACUUCGAGGGACCGGUGGAUAGGAUGGCCAGAGACGACGAGACAAUUGUAUAUCACAUACAUGGUUUGUUGGUUCUCACUAUCGGCGGAGCAUUUUCUGACAUGACAUCUUCGCUGCAGGAGGAGCAUUUGUGCCCUGCUGACAGUAUGACCCCGGUCCUGUGUGAAGGACUGCUCCGGAACUGCUCCAGUCUGUCCCGGAUGUUCUGCGUCGAGUAUCGUAUUUCUUCCACGUCGCCGUUCCCAGCCAGAAAUCCUUUCCCCGCUGCUCUCCUAGACGCGCUCGCCGGCUACCGCCACCUCGUCGUAGUUGUUGGGUUUAAGCCACAAAAUAUAAUUAUUAGUGGCGAUUCUGCAGGUGGUCAGAUAGCACUCAGUCUGGCGCGGUACCUGUCGAAGUACGCGUUGACUGCCCUGGCCCCUCCCGGAGGGCUACUGCUCAUCAGUCCCUCUGCAGACUGGGGACGUACGCAUGACAAUGGCUCUCCGACAGAGUCAAUCACAAGGAACGCAGACACUGAUUUUGGCGCACCAUUCUAUCAAGGUUAUCCGACUCGUGCAAUCAUCGGAAGAAUGCAAAGUUCGGAGGCAGCAGCAAAUCCUUGGAUCUCUGCUGCAUCCCUGAAGCUUCCAGAGCCGAAGGGGCUUUUUUCGGGUCUACCCAGAACAUGCAUCAUUUCUGGAGAGGCAGAGAUACAGCUCGACUCGAUUCACACCCUUCGAGAUCGCCUGAUUCAUGAUACAGGGAACUCUAACGUCACAUACAUCGAGAGUUUUGGGUCGACACACUGUUUUGUGUGUUUCAAAGCAUUCGAACCGGAGAGAACGGCGGCACUGACCUCGGUUGGGGAGUGGAUAGAUGGCAUGAAAGAUUAA